CUCUUUUGCAGUCCUUGGUGGCCUCAAAGAGUCCGUUUGGCUAUUUUGGACCACCCAAACACCAACCCUAUCUAAUAUGGAAAGGCCAACCUCCUCUUUAUUUUAUUUCUAUUAAAUCAUUUAACCCCAGAAGGCCUCUCUCUCUCUCUCUCAUUGCAGUGAUAUAAGCAUAACCCAAGUCUUCAAACGUCUGUUCUUGAACUUUUCCUGCAGUUCUUCUGUGGGAAUAAAAAAUGGCACAGAUCUUGGCAGCUUCAAUGCAAUGUCAGAUGGGAGGAAUCACAGCAAACAGUUCAAUGAAAUCAAGGCCCAUGACUUCAAAGAUGUGGAAUUCUCUUCUGUUGAAUCAGAGGAUUAGGACCAAAAGCUCCACUAAAUUUAGAGUUUUUGCUCUAACAUCCGAUAAUUCGACCAUAAACAGGAUGAAUGAUCUGUUGAACUUGGAUAUCAGGCCCUUCACCAAUAAGAUCAUCGCCGAGUAUAUCUGGAUUGGAGGGUCUGGUAUCGAUCUACGCAGUAAAUCGCGAACAAUUUCGCGGCCCAUCGAGCACCCAUCGGAGCUUCCGAAAUGGAACUAUGACGGUUCGAGCACCGGGCAAGCGCCCGGCGAAGACAGUGAAGUUAUUCUAUACCCUCAAGCAAUUUUCAAGGACCCCUUCAGGGGAGGGAACAAUAUCUUGGUGAUCUGUGAUGCGUAUACACCCGCCGGAGAGCCCAUCCCAACAAACAAACGCCAUCGGGCGGCUCAGAUCUUCAGUGAAAAAAAGGUUGUGGAUGAAGUCCCAUGGUAUGGGAUAGAGCAAGAGUACACCCUACUCCAAACAAAUGUGAAGUGGCCUUUGGGUUGGCCUGUAGGAGGCUAUCCUGGUCCGCAGGGACCCUACUACUGUGGGGCAGGGGCAGAUAAGUCAUUUGGACGUGACAUAUCGGACGCUCAUUACAAGGCUUGCUUGUAUGCUGGAAUCAACAUUAGUGGGACCAAUGGGGAGGUUAUGCCUGGCCAGUGGGAAUAUCAAGUGGGCCCCAGUGUUGGCAUUGAGGCAGGGGAUCAUAUAUGGUGCUCCAGAUACAUCCUUGAGAGAAUCACAGAACAAGCUGGCGUCGUUCUGUCCCUUGAUCCGAAACCGAUAGAGGGUGAUUGGAACGGUGCCGGAUGUCACACUAAUUACAGCACAAAGAGCAUGCGCGAGGAUGGGGGCUUCGAAGUCAUAAAGAAAGCAAUUCUCAACCUUUCGCUCCGCCACAAGGAACAUAUAAGCGCUUACGGAGAAGGUAACGAGCGAAGAUUGACCGGGAAACACGAGACGGCCAGCAUAAACACCUUUUCUUGGGGGGUGGCUAACCGUGGUUGCUCCAUUCGUGUCGGGCGUGACACCGAGAAAAAUGGCAAAGGCUACUUGGAAGAUCGCCGGCCCGCCUCGAACAUGGACCCAUAUGUGGUGACCGCGCUGCUAGCCGAAACGACGCUCCUCUGGGAGCCCACACUGGAAGCUGAAGCUCUUGCGGCCCAGAAGCUGGCAUUGCAAGUUUGAAACUUGAAGAUGGUCAGGAUUUGAUCAUGGUCAAAUUCCUGAUCUCAAACCCCACCACAAGAUAUCCUCUUGUGUCAUUUGUCUCUAUCUUUUUCAAGAGAAAGCUUCCCUGUAGUUCAGAUAGUUGCAUGAUCAUGUCCAAUCUUUAAAAAUUAACAGCUCCAAAAAGGCCACAUAUAAUGGCCAUGAUGAUACAAAAGAUCAUAUCUGACCAUCUAUGGGCAUUUACGUUGAGUGUUGAAGCAUUGA